UUCGUUACCAAGAAAAAUUCGAUUUUAUCGAUUUUUCGAAAGUAACAAGUCUCAUAUCAAAUUAAAAAAAUAAAACAAAACAUCGAAAACUUUGAAAGACCGAAAGAUUCAAAACACGAAACUUUGCACCGUUUCAAACAAUCUCCAUCUCCUACCGCGUCCGCAAUGCUGAGAUUCGAUUUUAAAACGCACUUUAAUCGUUUCCUUGGAAACGAUCGAUAAAACAUUUUCCCUGCAGUGCGAUCCCGGUGGGAUGAAAUCAGCCGGACAAUUGUAACAUUUAAAUAUAAUUUUUUUUAUCGAAAUGAAUAAUCGCACGCGGAAAAGUAUCGAUCUUAAGUUGUGGUCAGUCCUGAUUCGACGCAACGCUAGAUACAAACAAAACGCAAAUCUUCGAAAUCUUACCCGGUGAAAAUGGAAUUUAGAAAGAAACCGGACUACGCCGACAUUGCUUACCACGAGGCAGUGGGUCGUCUACGAAUUCUCUUGGCCGAAAGUUACACUCCUCCCAUCCGAAGGUUUUACGGCCGAGCGAUGCGCGAAUUGGAUAGCGCGGGAGAGGAAACUGACAAUCAAUCGCUUCUGAGCGGGGUCAGUCGAGUUUCCAGGCAAGGCCGGUAUUACGCGGGCUAUCAGUACAGUUCGACUACGCCCAGGAGGUACCACUACCCAAUCGCAAAAAGUGCCGGCACAUUUGUACCUUCGGAGCAACACGAAAAAACCCAAACGGACAUUCCGAAACUAGAGACCGGUCCUCCACCACCGGAACUGAUGUCGUUUAUCGAACGCCAAGAGGAUUACAUCGAGCAACUGGAGAAGGAAUCCAGGUUCUGCAAGGAUGAACUCUCCUCGCUCCUGACCAAAGUCAAGGAAGUGAUCAGCGAGAACGAAAACCUGCACGAGCGGCAAAAGUCGCGCCUGAUCAAAUCGGUAUUCGAUCAUCUAGAAACGGAAACCGAAACGGAGACCGAAUUGGACGGGACGAAAGCUGGAACCAAAUCGAGGAAGGCUCGUCCUCUAGAAGGACCGUCGAUCGUCUACGAAUCGAGAAUAUCGGAACUGGAAGCCCAGCUUACUCAAGCCAAGAUCGACCUGAAGAAGGCCCUCGAAGAAGUCGACUCUGUUCGCGAAAACGCGAACAAAGUUUCGCCCAACGAAGAUUACAAAAGGCAUUUGGACGCUUGCAGCAGAGAGAAAUCAGAGUUGCGCGACAAGGCAAAGGAGCUGCAAGCGCUGUUGUCGAGACUCAAAGACAAAGAGAACGACACGUGCGAUCAAGUGAAGAGGAGCUUGGACGUGGCGGAGCAGGCGCAAUACGAAAAAAGCGCGGCCGAACUCGAGAUCCGACGCCUGAAAGACGAGCUCGAGCGGCAACAUUUGAAACUAAGGGACGCCAUCGCCGAUCAGAAUCGCAGGGUCGCCGACGAACGGGCGUCCGCGGAGCGCAGGUAUACCCAACAAAUAGAGCAGCUUACUACGGAGCUUGGCGUCCAAUGGGAGUCCGCCAACAAACUGCAACUGGAGCUCGACAAGCAGCGGCGCGAAAAUGGCGAUCUGCGCAGAGAAGUGGCGCAGAAGCAGGCGUUGAUCGACGAACUGAAGAAAGACAUGCAGAGUAAAAUACUGACACUUCAGUCUGAUAUCGGAGUAAGCGGGGCCGAGAAGAGUGCUCUGGAGCAGCAAAUCGGUGCCCUCCAGAUGGCGAACGAGCGCACCGAGAGGCAAUACAAGCAGGAAAUCGCGAGGCUCCAGGCUGAGAUUCAGUCGCUGAGGCAGAGGCUGGACAGGGCGGACGCGGAUCUGAUCCAUAGUCGUCGCGAAGGCAUCCGACUGUCGGAACAAGUAGCAUCGUUGGAAAAAGAGUUGAAUUUAAACGCCGCUCUCGCGGAAGAACGUUCCAAAUCGGCAACGCCGAGAACUUCCGAAGCGAUGGCUCUGCCUUUACCCGCCAAAAAGGACGAUCGUGAGAAAGAGCUGACUUCGAUGAUUCACGAUAUGGAGACCAAACACGCGGCCACAGUAGCCGAGCUAGAGGACCUGGUCCGCUCCCAAAAUCAACUCAUGGACAAACUGUCGAGUGAGUGCCGCGUCCUGACCCGGAAACUUGACGACGCUAGCGUCCGCCAUAAGGAGGAAAUACAACAAUUACAAACUAGUCUAGAAUGUUUAAACGAUAAGUUUUGUCAGUCGCAGUUGAGCACUUCCUCCGUCACAGGUGGUAACGACCCAGUGAAAGUCGAGCCUUCAGCCCAACCCAAAACUCAGGAUGAAAUCAAACAGCCAGACAUGCAAUUUGAUCGAUCACCACUUCCGGGCAAUGAGCAAGACCCGCAGACCCUUACUCAGCAACAUGUAGAUGGUCAUCAAUACCCUGACCCGACCCAGUACGACCCCAACGCAGAGUACCAAGGGUACGACCCCAAUAUGCAAUAUGGAGACAACAGUCAGUACCAGUAUGACCCCAAUAUGCAAUACGAUCCGAAUCAGUACGAGGAGAUGUACGACCCGAACCAGCAAUAUUCUGAUCAGCAAUACACAGAAGAAAAUGCAAAAGAAACUGAGCAACAAAUCUCGGAGCAAAUGAUAGACGACAAAGUACCAGUGAGUGAACAAUAAGGUGGUGACAGUGGGUGUGUUAUGGCUUGUUGAUUAAUUAAAUAAGACUGUUAUAGGAUAUUGAUAGUGUUAGUUUUUAAGUUUUUCGUGUUCAUCAUAUCGAAGCUUUGACAAGAAACUACCGAAAUAAUUGCGAUGUGAAAUGUGCCGCUUUCAACAGCUGUUUAAAUUAAACAUUUGCAGAACUUUUA